UGGAACCAAGGCUACCCGUUUCCUUAAUUCCAAGCCAUGAAUGAAUCCAGGUGGACUGAAUGGAGCAUCCUGAACAUGAGCAGUGGCAUUGUGAAUGUGUCUGAACGUCACUCCUGCCCACUUGGAUUUGGCUACUACAGUGCAGUGGAUGUGUGCAUCUUUGAGACCGUUGUUAUUGUCUUGCUGACAUUUCUAAUCAUUGCUGGGAAUUUAACGGUCAUCUUUGUCUUUCACUGUGCUCCACUCCUGCACCAUUAUACUACCAGCUACUUUAUUCAGACAAUGGCAUAUGCUGAUCUUUUCGUUGGAGUUAGCUGCUUGGUUCCUACUCUCUCACUUCUUCACUACUCCACAGGUAUCCAUGAGUCAUUGACUUGCCAGGUUUUUGGAUAUAUCAUCUCCGUUCUAAAAAGUGUUUCUAUGGCAUGUCUUGCUUGCAUAAGUGUGGAUCGCUAUCUUGCAAUAACCAAGCCUCUUUCCUACAAUCAACUGGUCACCCCUUGUCGCCUGAGAAUUUGCAUUAUUUUAAUCUGGAUCUAUUCUUGCCUAAUUUUCUUGCCUUCUUUUUUUGGCUGGGGGAAACCAGGGUACCACGGCGACAUUUUUGAAUGGUGUGCCACCUCCUGGCUCACCAGUGCCUAUUUUACUGGCUUUAUUGUUUGUUUACUUUAUGCUCCUGCUGCCUUUGUUGUCUGCUUCACUUACUUCCACAUCUUCAAAAUUUGCCGGCAGCACACCAAAGAGAUAAAUGACCGGAGGGCCCGAUUUCCUAGCCACGAGGUAGAUGCCUCUGGGGAGACUGGACACAGCCCUGACCGUCGCUAUGCCAUGGUUUUAUUUCGGAUAACCAGUGUGUUUUACAUGCUGUGGCUCCCUUACAUAAUUUACUUUCUUCUAGAAAGCUCCCGGGUCUUGGACAAUCCGACACUGUCCUUCCUAACAACCUGGCUUGCUAUAAGUAAUAGUUUUUGUAACUGUGUAAUCUAUAGCCUUUCCAACAGUGUUUUCCGGCUAGGCCUCCGAAGACUGUCCGAGACAAUGUGCACGUCCUGUAUGUGUAUGAAGGAUCAGGAAGCACGAGACCCCAAACCUCGGAAACGGGCUAAUUCCUGCUCCAUUUGAAGAGAACUAUACAGAAUUCAAAUGUAAUCUGUAGGAGUUUUGGAUUGUAUUCUUGGUUCAUCUGGAAAUUUGCCACUAGAGAAAUAUUUACUUGAAUAGUUGACUAUGAGAUGAAGGGACUAGAAGUUUCUUUUCUUUUUUUUUUUUUCCCCUCUUUUUCCAUGGUGGUGGUGGGGAACUAGAGAAAAGAAUGUAUAGAGGGUAAUCUCAUGAGAUAAUUGUAGUGUAUGAAUAUAAAUGUACAGUAAUAGCAAAAUUAAGCACAGAGGAUGAAAAAAGUAUUGAAAAAAGUAUCUCAGAUCUUCCACAGGACAUGAGCAAAGCCCCUCGGCAUCUGUCUUCUCUGGCUGAGCUCUCUCCUCU